AUGGCGGUGUUAACGGUUAUGUUUAUGCUGAUCGCAGUCGCAGUGUGUGAAGCCACCAUAGAUUCAUAUACCUACAAAGGCGAGGUUUCACAAUUUGGCGAACUACUAAGGCCGCCACCGCCUCCGCCUCUGCCAAUAUACCCCGUGCCAUUCCACAGAGGAUCAGGGAGAUAUCAAAAUCCAGAAACAUAUAAAUACCAAGUGCCCCCUCCUCCACAAGCCCCAUUACCUCCCAUAACAGCGGCAAGUGAAUUUAAAUUUCCAGCCCCAUUUUACAGACAGUAUAACUUUGAUUUCGUUCCCCACCCCCAGCCAUUUACGACGACACCGUCUCCUACAAUAUUCCAAAAAGUAUCUCAAUGGUUAUUUCCCUCGCAACAGAUAGCUGAUGAUAUCAAUAGUGGAACUUCAAUAAACAGUUAUAGUAUACCACCCUCAAAAAAAGAUUGCAAUCCAUGUAAUUUCUCCCCGUGGAUACCAGUUAUAAGAUAUGAUUUGACUAAAAAUAAUCGGGAAAAUAUAAAACCAGUUUAUGGUCCCCCUCAACCAACUGCCUCAUCAAAUGUGUUUAAUUCCAUACAGCACGUGCCCCAGCGAUUUGAAAAUGCCGAUCAGUUACGUUUUUCAAGUGAAGGUACACAUGUCACGUAUGGUCUUCCAAAACAGACUUUUGCCACAAAUGAUAACUUUUUCAGUUUGAGUUCUACAUAUGGCCCGCCAAGUCCCACACAUACUAUCACUGUAACCCCCGGAACGCCGGUUUCGAACGCUUUCUCAAGUAUAAAACCAGUGGUAACUUCUUCCUAUGACGUGUCAAGCAAUUCUUAUAAUCCUUCAUCAUCUAACCAGUUUACCAAUACCCAAGGGAUACCUACUUCUUCAUUAACGUCGAGUUCCUCGAUAUUUUUGACGCAAUCUUCAACUCAUGCACCAAGUUUAUCACAUUACAAAUCACAAAUAUUUCAAAGUCAUUCCCCAAGUUACAACAAUCUUGAUUUUUCUUCAACGUUUCCUCCAGCUCAGGAUUUGCAAUUACCAAAGGUGGAACAACCAAAUCAGUUUAAAAAUUCAUAUGGUGAACCGAUUGUAAAUACUUACGCACUAAACAUACCAUAUUCUUUCACCUCAGCAGGUGCCGAAUCCCAUAAGAUAAAUACCGAAGUUCUUCCAGAUAGUAAACAUGUUUCCAGUGAGCCCAACAUAUCUGUAGCUAUAGCCAAUCCAGCACCAUUUAGUUUAAGUAAAGCUAAAAAUAUUCAUACUUUACAACCUGUAGCGUUGCCUAAUUUAAGCGUUUCACCCUUACCACCGAUUUUCAAUGCAAGACCUUUUCGACCUUUUAUAUCAAAGUAUUCGAUACAUAAUGUAAACAAAGAGCUUAACAACGUAGACCAUUCAAAUAAUGUUAACAUAGCCAAAAGUAUACCUAUAGCUGAAUUUGUCCACUCUAUAGAAUAUCCUGCGACUGUUAUACAAUCUCCAGUGAUAGAUAUUGAAGCUAGUAAAACAGCAAACCGAACCAAAUCGUACCGAAAUAUUCCUAAUAUUUUCACCAUUGAUCACCUUCGGGAUAUUUCUCCACAAGCUACAGAAGAUCACAUAUCAGCAGCUAACUCACACUUAGAUGCUAGUUUCGAAAGUACCGGCAUUGAUUACGCAAACGACAUUUAUGAUACAGCUGUACCAUCUGAGUUAAAAGAAUUGGGUGUGCCAUCAAAUCAUAGGCCAGUUUUUGCUGAUUUAAGAGGAUUGAAAGAUGAAGAUAUUGACAAAUAUCGAAGUGAAAAUAAUUUGCAACACAUCGAUUCACCACUCCUGUACCUUAAACCUAGUGCUCCACAUAAAAAUUAUGCUAACUUCUUUACCCCUAGUACUGCAAAAAAUACACAUGAAUAUGAAAUAUACGAUGAAAUUCCGUCAACGGAAUCACCCCAAGAAUCAACACAGACAAGUGCUUGGGAUGAAAGUAGAACAUACUAUGCUCAAGAUGUAUUGCCCGUGAAAAAACAAGAAAAUAUAAAUAGAGCUAAAGUCAUACAGAUCAUUGUUCCCUACACUAUAGACCGAGAAACAAAUAAGUCUUACGGCAUAAAAGACUGGCCUUAUUCAUUAGAAAAAAAUGUUCAAGGUAGAAAAGUGCAAAGCCCCACUGAGAGUACUUACAAUCUUUCGACAGAAAGCUAUGAAAAUUCAAUGACUACGACGGAACAGUCCACAUCUGCAGUAAGUGAGUACUACAACUCGGAACACGCGACUACGCAACCAAGUGAUAUUUAUGACGUAAAAGAACCUCCGUUUGAUAUUAUACAAUUACAGCACACGAUAGAUGCUUGGACACAGCAAGAGUAUUCGAAGGAUAAAAUAAAUGAAAAAAUUAGAUCAAAUGAAAAGUAUGCAAAGCAAAUUCCAGACGAAUUUUUCACUACAUUAACUCCAGUUACCAAUACUCCUAUAGAUCCUUACACCUAUAAUUCUGAAAUAUACGACCACGAAGGGUCUAGCAGUGUGCAAUAUGUAGUAAGGCAAAAUAUUACAAGCAGAAAUAUAAUGCCUAAGCCGUUUAUGCAAUACAAUUCUAUAGAACGUAAAAAGGUGUAUGUAGUCACAUCAAAGCCAUGGCGAGAGAAAUUAAAUCUUUCAAAUGAGUAUGAAUCUGACUUGGAACCAGUGUCAGUUUUGUUACCUGAUGAUAAGCCUAAAGAUCACUUACCAUUCACGUCUCCUAGAUUUUCAAAUCGUCCCUCAACGGAGGAUCAGUCAAAUAUAUUUUCUAAAGGGUGGCAUCAAACUAUAAAUAACCUAGAGAGCCGCAUGUUCACGGACGGUUCUUCGUUGGAAGAUUCGAAACAAGACGAAAAUACUGACGAAAAAGAGACAACAAGCGAUCAGUCACGCAGGUGA